UUUGAACAAGAUAAUUUUAUCCAUUCACAUUUUCAUCUUUUCUCAAUAUGAAAAGAGUGACCAUCUGUUUGAAACCCACAUCAGUCUAAAUAAUUUCUAAAGCAGCUUUUCCUUUUGGAGACAGAAAAGGGCUACCAUAGUCCAUGUGGAUAUUUCCCAGAAUUGGGGUGUCUUUCUUCAAAAUAAAUUCCACUACCAAAAGACUGAUAAUCCUAGUGGUUAAGGCAGCAGAGCAGAAAACAGGACACAGAGUUCUAGUCCUGCCUUGAAAGGCAAGUGAUCUCCUGUGGAGAUACAUCUUUAUUUCUUUGAGUCUCCAAACUUUCUACAUCAUCCAAUAUUCCAAGACAAAAUAUGGAAUCUAAAGUCUCUGAAGGUGGUCUGAAUGUGACUCUUACCAUCAGAUUAUUGAUGCAUGGAAAGGAAGUUGGAAGCAUCAUUGGGAAGAAAGGAGAGACAGUAAAAAAGAUGCGCGAGGAGAGUGGAGCACGAAUCAAUAUCUCAGAAGGAAACUGUCCAGAAAGGAUUGUGACCAUUACAGGCCCUACUGAUGCCAUCUUCAAAGCAUUUGCAAUGAUUGCUUAUAAAUUUGAAGAGGAUAUAAUCAACUCAAUGAGUAACAGCACAGCUACAAGUAAGCCACCAGUUACAUUAAGGUUGGUUGUACCAGCAAGCCAGUGUGGAUCAUUAAUAGGCAAAGGAGGCUCCAAGAUUAAAGAAAUCAGGGAGUCCACAGGUGCUCAGGUUCAGGUGGCAGGGGAUAUGCUGCCCAACUCUACAGAAAGGGCAGUGACCAUCUCAGGGACCCCCGAUGCAAUUAUCCAGUGUGUCAAACAGAUCUGUGUGGUGAUGCUGGAGUCCCCACCGAAAGGUGCCACCAUCCCCUAUCGCCCAAAGCCUGCCUCCACCCCUGUCAUUUUUGCAGGUGGUCAGGCCUAUACAAUUCAAGGACAAUAUGCAAUUCCACAUCCAGAUCCACAUCACACUCUUGGCAAUGAAUUCAGUUUGCAAUCAAUUACUAAUCCAAGAUCUUUUUUGCAACAGUUGACCAAGCUCCACCAGUUGGCUAUGCAGCAAACCCCCUUUACUCCCCUUGGACAGACCACCCCUGCUUUCCCUGGAGAAAAGCUGCCCUUACAUUCCUCCGAAGAAGCUCAAAAUCUGAUGGGCCAAUCCUCAGGUUUGGAUGCCAAUCCCCCGGCCAGUACUCAUGAACUCACCAUUCCCAAUGAUUUAAUAGGCUGCAUAAUUGGACGCCAAGGGACCAAAAUUAAUGAAAUCAGGCAGAUGUCUGGAGCCCAGAUCAAAAUAGCCAAUGCCACAGAAGGCUCAUCAGAGCGUCAGAUUACCAUCACAGGAACCCCAGCCAAUAUCAGUCUUGCUCAAUACCUCAUCAAUGCCAGGCUGACGUCUGAGGUCACUGGAAUGGGCGCACUCUAAUUUGUCUCUUGUCAUCUUUAAUUCUACAUCACCUGACUCCAUCAAGUUAAUUAUCCUUCAUUCAGCUUGUACAGUCUGCAUAUUUACUACUUCACAUACCUAUUUUAUCUCUUAGGAUAUUUUUCUUCAAAAAGGAAUGUGUGCAUGCACAUCCACACUCACACACUCAUGUUGAUAAGUGUCUUUCCAUUUUGUGCUCCUGUUUUUCUUCUUAAAAUUUAAUUUAUGCUCCAGGCCAGUCUGUGUUUCAGUUGUAAAGUGCAUACUAAUCUAAAUAGAUUUUGCUGAGGUUUUCUUUCAUUAAUUCUUCAGAGAAGGCUUUCUCUUAGCCAGAGUUUAGCUGGACCUUGUUACCUUAAUUCUCUCAGCUUUUUUUCAGCACCUGCAGUAAUUCUGAAAUUGAGUCUCAUUUAGAGCAAGAGUUGCUUUGAAAUAGAUAUUCAGUUAUGUCAUUAUUCUCUCGGUUAAGCCCUUCUCAUAAUCUACAAGAAUCAACAAAGGGGGGGGGGGACAUUUUCCUGAAAUGUGGAAAACAGAGAGCAUGAAACUAAAUUAAAUUCAAGGUGUGGCAGGAACUGCUUAAAACAGCUACCCACAGACUUUUGGACUUAGGUUAGAAAGCUCCAGUUUCUGUGAGCCAGCUGUAUUUGCCAUUGUUUAAAUCCAAUAAAGUCUGUGCAGCUUUGCUAGUAAUAAGUCCUAAUGUUGAUUUCAGUGCUUUUUUGUUGAUGUGGUUUGUGUAUCAUUUAUGUUCUCAAUUUAUUUCACACUUCGAUUGGGAAAGCGAGAACUUAAGAUAUAGCCAUUGAAGUGACUUUUUAUAAUGGUAGAGUUCAAAUUACAGUGAAUUCAGUGGGCUUUGUGUACACUAAA